UCAGUUUACUGUGUUGGCAUCAAAGAAUUGAAAUUACGAAAUGAAACCUAAGUUAUCAAUACAAAAUAUCAAAAUCAAUUCAUUCGAAAAACGAAAAUAAUAAACGUUAUAAAACGUGAUCAAGUUCUAAAUUUUUACUUAAAAGAAGAUAAGAAAAUUAAAUAAUAUUAUCGUUAAAUAUUUUCCAAAAAAAAAAAAAUAGAAAACAAAUAAAAUAGUAUAGAAUAGAAUAAAAGAAAAAAAGUCAAAAAUGUCUGCUCAAAUAUUCCAAGUGCAAUGUUUAAUUUUAUGUGGUCUAUUUAUAAGUUUAUUAACCUCAACGCACACCUUUAACUAUGCACCAAAGCCACAAAUAGUCAUCACUGGACCCCAGUUAAAAUUUUUUAAACCUCAAACUCGAAGCUCAUAUUUUGGAUACACAAUUGUCAUGCGUACCUCGAGUAUAAUCAUUGGUGCACCCAGAGCGCAAUCCACUUUGGAUUCACAGAGGAAAGUUAAUGAAACGGGUGCUAUAUAUCGGUGUCCAUUGGAUAAUCCUACUGCCUGUAAGCCAUAUGUGUUCGAUGAUCUGGGAAAUCGUAAUAUCGAACAAAGUGAUUACACGUUUGACUCAGAGAAACGUGAUUUUCAAUGGUUGGGUGCUUCCAUGGAUGGCGGUUUAAAAGACACCGAUAAGUUUAUUGUGUGUGCUCCAAGAUUUAUUGCCCCAGUAGACAAUAACGAUUAUCUAAUGCAUGGCAUAUGCUAUUGGAUUAACGACACUCUAGCGGAUAAACCCACAAAUGUACGAAAAAUAUCCCCCUUGCGGUUGAAGCAGGAUCAAAUUCGAACGGAGUAUGGUUCAAAGUUUUAUUACUACAUGUUGGCCGAACAGGGUCUUAGUGUUCAUAUUACACCUGAUAAUGAAGAGUUUCUCAUUGGCGCUCCAGGAAUUCAUACGUGGAAAGGUUCUGUUAUACGACAUCGCAAACGAAUUGCCAAUGAUGAUCCCAGUUUGAGUAGGCGUGAUACUGAAAGAGCGUCUCGUAUUCGCAGACAAUCGGACUUUGACUUGGAAAGUCCAAUGGUCUACUAUGAAUCAGAUAUACCCAAUCCUCAACUUUUCAAUCAGCCCAGUGAUUCAUAUUUUGGCUACUCAGUCAGUUCGGGUUAUUUCGAUUCCAAUAAUAAAUCAAAAUUGUUGUAUUUAGCAUCUGCUCCACAGGCAAAUGAGCAAUCGGGAGAGGCCUAUAUAUAUGAUUACUCAAGCAAAGAAAUAACAAAGAACUAUGUAUUUCGUGGCGAGCAGUUUGGCGAAUAUUUUGGAUACGCUGUAUUAGCUGAAGAUAUCAAUGGCGAUGGCUUGACAGAUGUUAUUGUAUCAGCUCCUCAACAUAGAGUUUCUGGUCUAUAUGAUGAUGGUGCAAUUUAUGUCUUUGUAAAUCAGGGAAGAUUUAAUUUCGAACGUAAAUUGUUGACAUCACCACUUCAUGGAAAAGCACGUUUCGGCACUACUCUUACAAGAUUAGGUGACAUUAAUCAUGACGGUUACAAUGAUAUAGCAGUCAGUGCUCCCUUUGCUGGCAAUGGUUCGGUGUUCGUUUACUUGGGAGGUGAAAGAGGUUUGCGUGACCAGCACAGUCAACGCUUGGAUUCACCAGUAGCUUUUAUACAAACAUCCUACGGUAAUCACAUGUUUGGCCAUGGCCUAUCUAAAGGUUCGGAUAUUGAUGGCAAUGGUUUCAAUGAUAUUGCUAUUGGUGCUCCUAAUGCCGAAACCGUUCUGCUGUACAAAGCCUAUCCGGUAGUAAAAAUCGUUGCAACUCUCAAAUCGGAUACUCGCGAAAUAAAACCAGGACAAACUAGUUUCCCACUAUCCGUAUGCUACAGUAUUUCAACGACAUCAUCAAGAAUUCGCUCUCAAGAACUGGCCAUGCAUGUAGUGGUUGAUCCUCAAGUGAAACGGGUAACAAUAUCGUCGACUGACCGUAAUGAAAUGAAAUUUAAUGCUGACGCCCAAUUACAAACACAGUGCAGAAUUAUGGACUGCAAUGUUAAAUUCAUUGAGUCGGAGAUUUUUAAGCCCAUUGAAUUGGAGUUGCACUACAGUCUUGUUAAACAAGUACCCGAUUCUGAAGUUUUCUGUGAAUCUUGUGCUGCCGUAGAUCCUGCCGAACCUAAAGUGUUUACCGAAAAAAUAAUAUUCAGCACAGGCUGUGCUUCAGAAAUUUGUAUUGCCGAUUUGCAAGUUAAGAGCAGUGGAUUAGACCAUUCCUACAUCUUGGGUAGCAGUCGCACUUUAAAGGUCACCUAUGAAGUAUCCAAUGCGGGCGAGACCGCCUAUUUACCACAAAUUAAUAUCACAUCUUCGAAUCGUAUGCCAUUUGCCAAAUAUCCCUCCAACUGUAAAGUAUAUGAAUCGAUCAUGUUGUGCGAUUUGAAUCGUGGUCAAGCCAUGGUAAAGGGCGCAAAAGACUCAGUGACAGUUAUUUACGAUGUCAGUAGUUUAUCCGGCACGGCGAUGAUCUUAACGGCAGAAGUUUUCAGUACCGGCAAAGAACAGUAUCCAGGAAAUAAUAUCAUUAAGGAUGUCAUAACAUUGGGUGAAUUUACCGAAAUCGAAGCUGUUGGAGCUCCUAAAACACCACACAUCAAUUUAGAGAAGAUGUCUAAUACUGCAGAAGUUAAGAGUUAUUAUGAGAUAAAAAGUAAUGGUCCCAGUAAUGUGGGUGCUAUGAAGGUUGUAUUUAAUAUACCAGUGGCCUACAAAAUACCUGGAUCGUCAGCCACAAUUCCUAUUAUUAACAUGGACAACAUAACAAUGCAGGCCACCUACAAUUCCCAAUUGGUGGUGUUCGACUUCUUCCAGAAUAACAUUACGCUCGUCCGGAAUUCAAUUUCUACCAUGUCAAGUGCAUCGUCUACAGUCACAAAGACCAUAGUGCAGAGCAGCAAUGGCCUUAACUAUAAUGCCAUUGAUAUGGGUCAUGUCAAUGAGAUUUCCUUUAAAGAGAACCACAAUGACAUUGGCGAUUCCGUAAUGUCUGCUUCAAUGGGCCAUAGUCGUAGACGUCGUGAAGCAGCUGCCAUUACUGCCAACAAGGACCAGUAUGCUCGUAUUGCUCAGGUUAAGUCGUAUGAUCUCUUGAGUGACGAUUUAAAAGGUACUUUACCAGUCAAUCGUACCAUCGUGUUCAAUUGCAAUGAUCCCGAGAUGACUGUAUGUGUUCAAGCGGUUAUGGAAGUGUACAACUUUAAGCCAGAGACACCCAUUAUUGUUACCAUGUCCUACAAUGUGGAUCUCAAGGAGGUUAAUCAAAUUCUCAUCGAACCCUGGGAAUUCUUUGUGGUUUUGGUUGGUUUGGAUGUGAUCAAGACCAAUGGAAUGGCUAACACUUUAGUGGUUAACAAGAAAAUAGAUCACCACAUCAUUUCCAAACAUCAACUAUAUGGCACACCCAUCUGGGUUAUAAUUCUCGCCAUUCUAGGUGGCAUCUUAGUUUUAGCUUUGAUUACUUAUGGCAUGUAUAGAGCUGGUUUCUUUAAUCGUGCCACUAAAGAAGAAAUGGAUAAGUUAGUACAUCAGGCUCAGAUAUCCAGUGAUGGUGUGACUGAAGCCUCAAAUCUAAACGAUGAAAAUAAUUAAAUUCAAAACACACAAUGCCUGAAUCGAUGCUUUUGAUUAUGUUUAGAAUCAAAAGCAUCGAAGUCAUCAUCAUCAUCAACAACAUCAUCGUUGUAGAUUCUAUGAACAAUGAAUCAUUGUGAUCUUGUCUUGUGUCCAAAAGCUGUGAAUACACCUCCUUCGCUAUUUGUGUUUUACAUAAAUGGCGCUAUUUUUUUUUUAUUUUAUGAUUUUUGAUUUUUAAUUUGUUUUAAACAGUUAAAUUACGAAUACAUCACUAAAACAAAGAAUGUAUAGAACAACUACCACAAUAAUUGAUCUAUAAAUAACUGAUAGUUGAUAAUCAACUUGAAAAGAAGAUUAUUUUUAUUUUUUCAAUUUUAAAUCUGUAUUUUUUUAAAUAAUACUGAGCAAAACCACGAUUUCGAUACCAAAUGUUACUAUUUAUAAUUUUUAUAUUAAUUUUAACGUUUAUUUUUCCAUUUGUAAUUUUUGUAAUAAUAUUUGUCUGUAUGUAAGAAUGUGUGUAUAAACUUAAGUUAAUUUAUUUGUUUUAGGUUUCCUUUAUAUAUUUUGUUUCUUUAAAUAGUAUUAAGAAUAGUUUUUUAUAUAAUUAGCUGCCAUGUAAAUAAAUAAUUGUUUUCAAUUCGUUUCAAAAUGAAUUUGUACAUUUUCAAAUAGAAUAUUUUAAUUUUUUGUCUUGCUAAACGUAAAUACUGCAUUUUUUAAUUGUUCUUUGUAACAAUAUUAAAAUCGAAAUGAGUAAAAAUAACUGUAAAUUUCAAAUGUAAAUUUAAGACUUUUACCUAAGUAUUAAAAUAUAUUUUUAUAUUAAAAAAUAAUUAAUAAAGAUAAAUUAUAUGUGAACAAAAGAUAAACAAAAUGCAA